GGUAACGCUGUCCACCUGACAGAUGGGACAGUUAAAAAUUUUGGAUUACUACUAGUCUUUUGAUUCUCAGUAGAUGUUAUCCGGUAAUUGACCUGAUGUUUAUUUUAUGUUCGAGUACUUAAGUUAUGUCAAAAGUUAAUGCAUAGUACUAGGAAAUGCUUCACAGAAAGACACAUGAAGAAUAACACAAAUAAUGGUAAAAAUGGCUGCUCUGUUUCUCUUAAAAAUGACCAGUGAUCACCUUCUAUUUGCAUUAUUUUGCCAUCUUGGAUGGAACUUUAUCGCUUAACUUAAAACAACUACUGCUGCCACUUCGUCUGAGCAAUCUGCUUAAUCUUUUUCUACUUUAAUUCCAAGGGAAACUAAAUCAUUUGAGGCCCUUUCUAAAUGUGUCAAGUUAGAAAAAUAGUUAUGAAAAGUAACUUAUGGCAAAAUUUGGAAUUAUUUUUUCUUUCCUACAUGAAGAUUGACUUGACUGCUGGUUUUGCUGAAAGAAAAUAUGGGACUUGAAGUCCCAUAUAUCGUUUCUGAUUGUCAAAAUUUAUUUUCAUGUUCCAGGUUCCUAUUCAUAAUGGGACUCUCACCAUAUACAACUCCAGCAGAUGCAGGAGUGUUCUGUGUGAUUCUGGUUAAUACAGCUAUAUCCAUCUCUAUUGUGAAGGGGAUGGUUCGAUCUAUUCUUCAUGUCAUUGGCAUCAACUUUGCAUCAUGGGAAGAAUAUUCUAUUGAAGGCACGAGCUUGGACCCGUUUGAGUGUCGUGGGACCCCCUCGGGGUCAUACAUGGAGGAGUUCCGAAGCAGAACCCCUGCUGUUCGUUACGAUUCAUUGUGCAUAUCUAAUCACCCUGCUGCACAAGAAUGCUCGGUAUGCCUGGCAGAUUUCAACCAUGAUGCGGAGAUAAACCGCCUCUCAUGUGGCCAUGUUUUUCAUAAGCUCUGUCUUGAGAAAUGGCUCAAAAGUUGGAACGUCACCUGCCCUCUCUGCAGGGAUUACAUUAUGCCCCAAGAAGCCAUCCUUCAAGUGGAUUCUGCAGCAGCAACUGAUGAAUAUAAACAAGAAAAUUCUGAAUGGAAAUUUGAGGGGUGAGCUUUGGCCAUGAAGUUAUUGCCUUGUUACAUAUUUGUUGAUUCAUUUUUGGUUCACACGACUUCAAUCAAAUAAUGUAGCUAUAGGAGUUAUGUGGAGGAUAUCCUAUGCAUGAGUAAUAUCAUCUAUUACUAUGUGGGAUCCUGAUUCUUGAAUUAGACUCUAUCCAGUACAUUUAGGUGUGGAGAUCGAUGAUCAGGAUAGAAGGGUAGUGGUAGGACUAGUAUUAUUUCCCUUCCCAGUAGGAUAAGUAUUAUUUUCGUCAUUCUACUUAGUAUUCUCAGUUUUGUCCAUUAGUUUCUUGUCCUUAAUUUUCUGCUACUAUCUAUUAUUUCGUGUACUUUGAGUAUUUUAUUUAUCUAUUCCUUUUUCCA